AAGAUAGCAAAGAGACAGAGAGAGAAAAGUAACGAGGAUCAGCACCACUGCAACCAUGCAGCGUUACCUACUUGUUCUCACACUCUGUGUUUUAGGCUAUCAUCAAGCCAUCCCAACAAGCGCAUGUUUCGAGACCGAAAGGAAGGCGCUCCUCGCCUUCAAAGCCGGCGUUAUCGACGCCGGCAACCGCUUGUCUUCGUGGGCAGGUCGGGACUGCUGCAGUUGGAACGGAGUAGCCUGCGACGACAACACCGGCCACGUCGUGAAGCUCAACCUUCGAAACAACUACAUGGAUCAAGACUACAUGAACUCGUCGCUUUAUGAGCUGCGCGGCAAACUCAAAACAAUAAAUAGCAGAUUUCAAAAUGGAAGUUCGUAGAGCGGCUCAGAGGAAAAAAAGGAAAAAAGUU